UCAGAGCCUACAAGAGACAAAACAAGAGAUCGUCAGCUGGGCACAUACAUCCACACACACGCACACUCUCCCAGCCACACGACACUACACUGUCCUUGGCUACACACUGGCUUUCUCUUCGAAGCUCACAUCCAGCGGCACGGACAGAGCCUCCGCAGACUGAACUCAUGGUGAGUGGACUGGACACUGGCUUGCCUCCCCUGAACCAAGGCAAAGCAGGUGACAGCAAGAAAUCCAUGGGCAAAUGAACAGAAGGCAAGGGAUGGUGAAAAUAAUGAUAACCCUUAAAUAAAUGGUGCGUCGUGCAGCCUUUGUGACAUCACAUUGUCUCUAGUGGAGCAAGCGUUAUCACAUGGACAGAAAGACAGGAAACGGCAGUAACUGAUUGCUCCUUGGCAUUUGAAGAGACUUAAAGGCUUUUGCGGCAGCUCUGGGCUUCAGUAUUUGGACAGCUCCCUUGCUCAGGAGUGUUGUGUGUGAGAAGCAGCAGCAAGCAGGCGGCGACUGAAGCUUCAGCAGCAGCCUUGUCAGCCACUUCCCCCCAUUACUUCCAGCCUUCGGUCACACGAGCCCAGUCUGAAGAGCAGCAAGCCAUGGCCAGCGUGCAGCAAGGAGAGAAGCAGCUCUUUGAAAAGUUCUGGAAGGGAACCUUCAAAGCUGUGGCCACUCCGAGACCAGAAAGCAUCAUUGUAGCCAGUAUAACAGCCAGAAGGACUUUGAGCAACACUGAUACUUCAAGCUGUCAAGCGUACAAUGCAGAUGAAAGGAAAAUGGAGCUGACAGACGUAACGGAGAAGACCUCAGACAGAAAUGGAUGUAUCCAACCUCGGGAUCGAAAGCACACCAGCCAUCGCAGAUCAUGCAGCCUGCCUGUUGCUGAUGAUCUGUCUCCCCGGCCUGCACCCAAAGGGAAAAAGAAAAAGAAGAAAUCAGAACGAAAGAAAAGAAAGAGGUCUCCAUCCUACAGUCUGUCACCUGUGAGGAAGAAGAAAAAGAAGAGCUCAAAGAAAAGAAAAAGGAACAGGUCUUCAUCAAAAAAGAGAAGGCACAAUUCUUCAAGCCCCAAAAGUAAAAGAAAAGAUGAGAGAAAGCAUAAGAAAAGGUCUCGGAGUCAUACACACCGGAGGCAUCAUCGUCGGAGGUCAGAGUCGGAGAGCUCUGCUUGGCGUUCCUCCAGUAAUGAAAGCAGAUAUAGAUACAGAUCUGCUGAGCGGUCAGCAUCCAGGACUUCAGACAGAUCCCACGUCUCCAGAGAAACUACACAAACUACACAAACACCUGCAGACCAGAGCAGGUCGGAGUGGAUUAAGGCAGCGAAAUCAGAUUGUAAAACUCCUCUGAACUACUGCUCCAUCUCUUCGGAUGCCAUCAUUACGCAGUCAGGGUCUGGAGCUGACCUAUUUACCACAAAGGAAAUCAACCAUGCCAUCCUGUCCCAUCAGAAUAAAGGGCCACAGGAUUAUGACUCUGGAAAUGAUACAUCCUCUCCGCCAUCUACAAAAACAGGCUUGGCAAGGUCAGAGGGCGAUGAAGAGAAAAAAAGCUUGUAUCAAGUAGAGUUACCUUCCCCCAAAAAACUGAGGUUCACUGAUGCUGAUAACGCCUCAGAUUCAGGGAAUUCUAUCACCAGUUACUCGUCUGUGUGUAAGACAUUGACCUUGGCAAACCCACCACCUAAUGGUCUUGUGAAUGGGAAAACUAAAAGGGAGCUCAUGUCGCCAAGCUUGGGGACAGCAGCGGUGGAUGAACACAAGCCAUUGGGGAAUUCCCCAUCCCAGGCACACCUACCCAGAGGUUGCUCAAGGAUGAGGUCUAGGAGCAGCCGGAGCAGAAGCUGCAGCUCCCGGAGUUCCAGCCACUCCUCACACUCCUCACCCCGCUACUCCCGGAGCAGGUCCCUGUCCUCAGGAAAAAGGUCUUAUUCCCGGUCACCCAGCUACUCCGUGAAAUCGAGGUGGAGGAGAUCACAGAGCCAGAGUUCCAGAUCUAGCAGGAGCCCCAGCUACUCCAGAUACAGCCCAGACAGGGAUCGGGAAAGGGAACGAGAGCACAAGAAGUACAGCUCGUGCGAGAAAGAGUCCAAGCGGGCGAGGGAGCGACGGAGGCGCAGGUCUUACUCACCACUGAGGAAACGGAGGAGAGACUCUCCCAGCCACUUGGAAGCACGUAGAAUCACCAGUGCCCGGAAGAGGCCCAUUCCUUACUACCGCCCCAGCCCUUCCUCCAGCAGCCGCUCCAGCAGCUGCUCCUCCUGGCGCAGCGCCUUCUCUCGAGACCGCUCCCGCGCCCGGAGCCGAAGCAAGAGCCGGAGUCGGAGCUAUUCCACCUACGGGAGCCACAGCCGCAGCCCUUCCUGGAGCACCCUCGGCCGGAGCCACAGGAGCAGUCGCAGCCGGAGUUACGACUCUGCGGGCAGCUAUGGCAGAGUGCGACGCUAGUUCCCCGCCUGCGCGUUAGGCAGGCCCGCAUUUUGACGGGAAAGUGGGAUCAUGCCAGGUCCAGCUCCAGAGAGGUGUCGCUGGGCCUCUGGGGAUGAGAAUCGAUUUUCCAUAUGCUUUCUGCAAUCAACAGUCAACCAGAGAAUAACACUGAUGUUUUAUAGUCCCCUGAGUUUCUUGUCAAAGAGUGCUUGUUACGAAAGUGGUGUUAUGCGAUUGGCUGUAUCAAAAGAGACUGUAGGCGGUCACUGCACUGCUGGAGCUUCAUGCUGCUCUACUGACACUCAUCUGCAGCUGCGUUUCGAAAAGGUUGCAAGCUUUUCGUGAGAUCCUCCUCAUAAUGGAAAAAGAGAUACUUCAGAUCCAUUUCUUACAUGUGUAAAUCUGCUUGUAGGAAUGAGACCAAAUCCAGCAAUGGUCCAGACCGGAGUAGGACAGCUGUAUCCCAGAUGCUCUUGUCAGUGUCUUUUGUCCUUUUUUCAACCAUCCACUCCAACACUCCUUGGCACUUGUCAAAUUAGCAUUGCGCAAGCUUAUUAUUGAAGCCUGUAGGAGCUGUAGGAGCUGAAAAUCUUACAAUAUGUACCGGAAAAGGGCAGUCGGUACAGAUUUUUAAAAUAAUAGACAUACGUUUUAAACUGCUAUCUCAUACAUCAGACAUACAUCUUUUUAAAGUAAACUAUACAGAGGUAGUGUCACAGGUGUUUUGAGAAUAUCAUUUUCCCCAUUUCUCAAAUGUACUGUUUGUGUGUAGUUUUGAAUUUUUAAAGUUUCUAUAAUGAAUCUAGGCUAAUUCAUCUUUAAGGCCCAGUAAUAAGAACCCUAGAACUGAUCAAUUAAAAAUGGUUUUUACAGCACCAGCAACUUAUGAUAUUUUUUUUUAAUCACUUCCUUGGAAAUGAUAGCUCUUUCAACCAGCAUUUGAUGAUACUUUGUUAAAACACUCUGAAAGCAGUCUGGAUUUUUUUUAUAUUUCUAUUGCAGCUAUGCAGAGGGUAACGUAUGCACCUAAAGGUAGUCUCAUAGUAGGUGUAGCCUGUUAUGGUAACAUUUCUCCCUAGACUUCCUAUUUUUGAUGUCUCCUGCAGGAAGGAGUUGUUGUUGUUUGAAGGAAGUGUGUGGCUUGAUGUUGGAAAGAUGUCUGAAAUGUGGUAAUCGAAUGCUGGCUGGAGAUGACACCAUACAUACUGUUGGCCAUAUUUUGGUUGCUCUGGUGGUAGCUGCUUGUAACAUCCAUAUCAUAAUGAAUGUGAUAUUUAGGGAUUGGGUGCAUAUACACACAAGUUACUAUCAAACACAUGUAAUGUAUUGCUAUGUAAAAAUUUAAUAUACACUACAUAGUGCUGAAACAACAUUCUAUUUACCUCUGCAGGCAAACUGACACCUAUGACAGUUGUUUAAGCUUACAUAUAGAGAUAAAUGAUAUCAGAGAAAACAUCAUACAGAAUAAAUUGCACAUAAGCCGUGAACUCUGAGUGCAUUCAACAAUAAAGAUAUGCAUACUUAAUUCCACUAACGUGCAGUUUGGGAGUUACAAGAAAAAGAAUGUGUAAAAUUACAUUACCCUAUAUUUCUUAUUGAUUUAAACAUAAUAGAAUUCUGAUCUAUUCCGCAAGAGCAGAGGGGUCACGCAGCUAUUUGUAUGUUACUAAACACUAAUGGAGUGGGAAAUUUUCAAUUGAAAAAUGUUUAAAGAGUUGUUUUAUGGUGAGAUUAACACAGCUUCCUUUUUUAAGGAUUAUAUCUAAGUUCCCUAUACCUAGGGAACUGUCUUAUGUGUAAUGUUUCAUGGCGCUAAAGAAAUUAAUUUAUGAUUGAAGGCAGGUGCACCUACAGGGUGCAAAUAAUGAAGAAUUUCAAAGAACACUACAGACAAAGACUCAUAUUUUAAUGUCAAUACAUGGCAUGUAAUUAAAUGCAUACUUGUUUAAUGAAAUGUACUUUAAUUGUUUUAAGAUAAUAUUGUCAACUGAUUAUAACAAAAUCAUAAUAUUAUUCAUUACUUUUAUUAUAGUUUUAUCUUUUAUUUAAAUUCCUGAGCAUACUUUUGUACAUCAACUGUGCAAACAUCUGUGCAAAUAUCAGUGUGAUGUUUUAUUUUUAUUUCAUUUUUAUUGUAUGAAUAGCUUUUUGUGUUGGGUUCCAGUAUGGCACUGACCGUUGGUUUCAGGUAUUGUUAUUAUGUUCUAUAUUUCUUGUGUUCAAUUAUUUAUUUAAGAUCUUUAAAGAGCAGAAAAAACAAAGUCCCAUGCUUCUAAAUUAGCAUUGGUGGCAUUUAUUUUGGAAUGGGAACAUUUUUAAAGGAAACAUGCUCUAGUGGUUCAUUUUCAAUAGUACUAUGCACAUAUUUUUGUAUGCUAUGGCUCUGUUUCGGUUCCAGCUGCAAUGAAGUUUACAAAUUAUUUAUUUAUGUAUUUAUUUUAUGUUCAUUUUUCUUACAGCAAUUAUUUAUUUUUUCUAUGUAAUUGUGUUUGAUUAUUUUUGCUGUUAUUUAUAUAGUAGACAAGUGUGUUCUUUAAUGCACUAAUGUGGAUUAUAUAUCAUAUAUAACAUUAUAUAUGGAAGAGGGAGGCUUGGGCGUUCUUGAUCAUGUUUUUGUAGCCUGAUAGAAAUCCAUCAGCAAUGUUAUUUAAAUAUUUGAUGUUCACUCCUAGCACAUAGGUGAAUGUUGCCAAGCUUAAUUGGUUAUGUACUGUAGGCUGUGAAUAAGAAGAACAAGGUUUAGCCUGUCUGAUAUUCAUUCUCAAGAAAAAAAAACAUGUAUCGUCUGCAUUCCUGAAAUACUGUACAUGGUUUUUGAUUGUUUCCCUUUUCUCAGAAUGUGUAAGGUCUACUUUGAAAAUGGAGAUGUACCGGAAUGAGAAUCAGAAAAGGCAUGGAAAUAAUGGUAUGUUCUCUAUGCAUUGUAAAUAUGAAGGGGUGGCUGAGGUUGUUAUGGAAUUCUAGUUAUUUACUGUAACCUAUUUAAAAGAAGUAGUAGGAAAAGCAACAGAAAAAAAUCUACAUUGAUGUCAAGGGAUCUACUGUUUUUGAUGUGUACGUUUAUUUUCUAUGAUUCUCCAAGAGUGUUUGACAUUCAAAAAAACUUGCUGGAAUACUGUAUAUUCAAUGUUCUGUAAAUAUGCGUCAAUAUAUCUAAGUAAGCAAAAGAAAAACAAAUUUUGUUUUGUGGGUGUGGCACUAUGGUCAUAGGUCUUAUGCCAUCCUCUGAAAAGUUUAUUUGUCAUGAUGUCUCUCUUGAAUUGUGAAUCUUUUUUUGCACUAUGGGAUCAUACUAUUUUGUCAGAGAAGUCUCGUCCUUUUUAGAAGCUCUGUAGAUACAGUAUCUGCGCUUGCAUUUUCAUAGCAGAAGGCGAGCAACUGUCUACGAAACAGCGUUACUGUCAAUUUAUUAAAAUUACAUUUCUGAGAGAACAAUUCAUUCAGCGUUUGAAAUAAGAUUCGCUCACUAUGAAGGUUUGAAAUGCUUGGGAACUCAAAAAGAACAGAUGGAAAAGCAAAAAUUAUGGUGAUCAUUGUCAAGACUGGAGAACAGUAAGAACCUAACAAAGAACAAUCUAUCCACUUAUUUGAAAAUGGUGUACAGUUAAAUUAUUCCAAAAACAUCAAGUAUUCUCCAGUCAUUUAUGAAAGCCCAGAUCUCUAGGCUAAUGGACACUGCUGCUGUACUUACAACAACUGUUGUUCCAAAUGGCCCAUGGAUACAUAUUCUAAAAGCAGAAUAUCUACAUACUGUAUAUGGCCAUUUACACUUAAAAUGCCUAAAUGUUUCAAAAACAAAAACAAAACCCUGUGAGGACCAAAAAUGUCACAAACUCCCAAUGCACUUAUUACAUGUCAUUUUGAGCUCGAUUUGAAACUGUUUAUACCUAUUGGUACCAAUCUCCCAUUAAGACAUAUGAAAUACCCUUCAUAAAAUCAGUCUUCCUCUUGGAUUUAAUUUGUGAGCCUGUAAAGCAAAACGUCCUGAAUAAAGACUAUCUGAAACAACA